UACGAUGCCUUCAGUUGCCGAGUCUUAUGUUGAGGAACUUGAGACCUGACUUAUUUCAAUCAUCACUUUCGAGACCUUAUGCAAACUCUUCACCUUCCCCCCACACGUCUCCCGAAGAGUCUACAUCGUCCUCCUAUCUGAACAAAUUCACAAAAUACAUUGCAAAACGGCUUCCAACUGCUAUAUUGGCGAACAUAAUUGUAACUGGCCUUGUUGGUCUUAUAUCAGUGGACCUUCUAUAUGCUUGGUACCGAAACGGAUGUAACGAACGUCUUCUCAACGAAACUGUGGAAAAGGGAACUCGACCUGGAAUUGAUGUUUUAAAUGAUGAGCUUGUUUCUCGACCUCUAGUUGUAGAUCGCCUUAAAAAAAUUUUUCAACCGCAUAGAAAUCAAUCAUUUUAUCACAUGGUUUGCGGUGAACAUGGAACUGGGAAAACUACAUUAACCAGGAUUGCAUCGAGAGAAGUUGGGCAGGGUGUCAUAUAUGUUGAUACUCCUGCUGAUAUUGAAGACUUUGGUAAAGCAUUUGGAAGAGCCCUUAACUUUGCGUUUGAGGAACAUAUUUCUUGGUCAGGACAACUGACGCGGAAAGUCUUGGGCGACACUAAUAAUAAAUUCGAGGAUCCCAAGUGGAAGAGAGCCAUGGAAGCCUUUAAACGUGCUUCUGCCGUGUACAAAAAGAAGCAUAAUAAACCACCGGUUAUCGUUUACGAUAAUGUUAGCCGAUUGGUUCACAAAAAUCCGGAAAUCCUCGACAUCCUUCAAGAUGAUGCCAAGGAUAAUGCCGAUGACAGAAAAUAUAUCGCUGUGUUUGUCAGCAGUGAAGGGAAUGUCCCGAGAAGAAUGCAGUCACGUAGUUCUUGGUCACGUGCAGAAGCACCAAUCGAAAUUGGUGACCUCUCUAGAGAAGAAUCAUUGAACUACCUUAUCAAUAAGCGUGGAAUCAAGACUGUCAAGGAGGGCAAGAUCGAUACCACGGAAGCAGAGAAAUUAUUUGAUUUGGUUGGUGGACGCAUUGUAGAUCUGAAGUCUGUAACAGAUAAAUAUCUGAAAGGAAUAUCCAUUGAAGUUAUUGAACACGAAAUUUUAGUGAAAGUCGAAGACAAAUUCAGAACUGCAAAGCUUCUUAAAGACGAUGAACAUCAUGAAGUAGGAAAACGUGUCAUCGGAUUCCGGAGAGCUUAG